AUGACUGAUACAGAAACAUCAGACCCAUCCAAACUCGCAGACAACUUGACCGCAUGUAUUCGGGAGUUGCAAGAGACACACACUUCGGGCGAAUCGCCAGCACUCGCAACACUUUCAUCACCAGAAGAAAACUUAGUUUCUCAUACUUUGCCAAGUCUUGAAUCCCCAGAAGUCGACGAUGCUGCUACUAUCCUAGAAUUUUUGGCCUGGGGACGGCGAAAACUCUCGACCCACGCUGAUCAUUCCACGGGUCCCAAUUUAGGUAACAGUCCAGCGCAGUUCUCUGGAGAUGUGACAAUCGAUCAAGGUCCAGCAAUAGAUUCAGAGGUUUCACCAUUGAACAUUACAAAUGAAGCUUCGCUAUCACUAAUUCAGCUGUUGCUUCCCAAACAGCAGAGCAUUAUACCGAAUGUCGAGUACCAUUGCGACUCUUUACUCUGGUUUCAUGGUUCAUUUCAUCGUCUGGUAUUUCAAAGUGAGUUUGACUCGUUCAUAUACAAACAUGGAGCAGUCAUUGACCAGCCUGGGAUAAAUCUACAAUGGGUAGGGUUAUUGUUUUCCAUCCUUGCAGGCAGCAUGACCUGCGCUCCUCGGCUCACGGCACAUUCCUGGGGAUUCGAAGACUCAGAACGCGCGGUAAUUGCUCAGAGAUGGUUCAAAGCAGCACUGGUCUGUCUGAACCGUGCUAAUUACACAGCAAAUCACUCCGUCUAUGCAGUUCAGUGUAUCGCGACGAUGACUAUUAGUGCGCACAUGUUGGGUCAUUCUAAUAGCCAUUCAGUCAUGUUGGCAACCGCAAUCCGGAUAUCACAAAGUCUGGGCUUCCACAGAUUGGGUAGUGCAAAGCAAGAUCAUCCAUCCAACGGGAUUACUAGAGAAACGGGAAGGAGAGUCUGGACACAACUUUGUGUUCAAGAUUGGUUCUCCAUCCCGUUCUCGGAAAGCUAUUACAUUCGUCAACUUGAUUUCAACACAGACAAGCCAUGUAAUUGUAUGGAAGAGGAUAUGGUCCCUUUGCCCGACGAUGUCCCUAGAACGAUGAGUUACCACCGUUUCCUUUAUGACAUUGCUCUUCUCAUGCCACAACUGCAUGAUGAUCUGUCCAGAUUAAACACGAUGUACACCAAAUAUGAACAUGUCCUUCGGUACGAUACGCGAAUGCGCACACUAGUCGGCAAAUAUGUCCCUUCGUGUUUGAGGAGUGCGGCUUUGGAAACCUCCUGGCCACGGUAUGUGCCCUGGGCUCGACAUUGCCUCACAAUGACAUCUGCACACAAGAUCAUCAUGAUCCAUCGCAAGUUUCUUUGGCAGAGUUUUACGAACCAGGCAUUUGAAUUCACUCGCAAGACUUGCAUUGCUGCCUCCAAGACAAUUAUUCGCGCCCAAAAGCAGAUUGCGAAAGACAAUGAACCUGACUUGUGGAUUUAUCAUGCCUUUAGUGUGGCCGCCAGUAUCAUACUUAGUCUGGAUCUCCGAUUUCGCCUACCUUCCGACUCAGAAUACGGUGAGCAUCACGCACUGGUCUGCGAUAUGAUCGUGAUACUGUCCGAGAGCGAGACAAGUAUGAUCGCCAAACGAGGUGUAAAGAUCCUGCAACUUCUGCUUCAGCUGGAGCAGGACAAUCGUCGGCAGAGACGACUUGAUUCACAUGGAGGAAUGGAUAAUUACACGAGACAUAAAACAAAUGACAACUACGGAAGAGAGAUUGGAAGCGGAGAUUGCCUCCCUCUAGACAUUCACAGACUCGUUGUUCAAGCAUUCUAUGACCAGGAAUGCUCUCCGCCGAGUGACGCUCGCAGUAGCGACCUUCACGAUCGGCACAGGGAAAGAGAACUAAGAACGUCUAGUAGGAUACAGCCUUCAUCCCCGACCUUUCAAGCUCGUUGGCUUUGGUCAGAUCCCACGGAUGGUGGCAAUGUCGAUAAGGAGGGUGUCUAUGUGGGUAGUGUGUCUGUUCCGCAGUCAGCGUUUGAUAUGAAUGGUUCUUUGGAAGAUAUUUUGUUCCUGGCAGAGAAUGGAGGUCCAUCCUAG